AACCCAGGUCAUUAUGUAAUUACUUAAAGGCAAAAAUAAAAAUACAUUUUCAUUCUUGUUUAAACACAAUAUUGAGAAAGCAAAAUAUUAUUUCAAAUUUUAUAUAUAUAUUAUCACUUGAAAAAGGUAAAAGAACGAAUUUAUUCUAUGAAUACCAUGUUUUAAAAUAGACUUGACAAAAAUGUCCAACACUGAAUUCAUUCACGUGGCCUAAGUUCUAAUUCUUAUAUAACACAUAAUCACAGUUACAGAAUCUUAUAUAUUCAGGUUUCUCAGAUCGACAGCUAAAAGAUGUUGAUAUUUUACAUGAUCAUACAGCUGAUCUUUAUAUCUGCAGCUUUGAGUAGAAAGAGGAAUAAAAUAUUGAGCAGGACGUCUCGAUGCAAUCAGGAUAACAAAAGAUAUCUUGGUUUACGUGAGUUACAAAAAUUACCGCUGGAAUAUUACGAGUGUGUCAACUCACGAUACGUAAAACGAAAAUGCCCCAGGGGCCUAGCAGUUGGGAACGACUUCAUUGCUUUAGCGCAAAAAGGAAUGGCAAGCCGGGAAUAUCCAUGUACGGUGAACCUGUGCAUCAAGGAAUAUAAAAAGUGUGAAGAUAUGGUCUGGUGUCCUGUUUAUGAGCAAUGCGAUCCAAAUAAUCUUCCAGUCUUCCCAGCAGGAGUUUUUGGAGAGGAUCCAGGAGUCUUAAAGUUCUGUGGACUGGAUCUUGUAGUUGCCAUAGACAUCAGUUGUUCAAUCUCCAAGGCAAACAAAACAACAAUCAAAGAUUUCAUGAGAGACUUAAUAAAUAAAUUUUCGAUAAGUCCGACACAAACUAAAAUCGGAGGUCUGACGUUUGGGCAAGAGACACACAAUAUACAAACUCUUAGCCAAGGUAGAAACAAAGCAUUUACGAGACGUAACUUUGCUAAAAUGGUGACAGGUGAAGGGAAAUGCAUAACAGGGACUGAUAAAGCGUUACAGGAUGUAAGGGACAUAUACUUUCAACGCAACCAAGGAGAAAGGGAAGAGUCUGAUAAUGUAUUGAUUGUUAUGACAGAUGGUCAGAUUCACUACGGUCGGGAGGACAGACGGCAAAGAGCAGUGCAGAGAGUUAAGAUACUCGCAGAAGAACUGAGAACGAACAUGAACGUUGAAAUAUACACGAUUGCAUUACCGAGUGACAAGCUUUCACGAAACUAUGAUACUAACAGUGAGAAAUAUGCCAAACAAGAAGAGAUGAAAAAAGAGGCGGAGCAACAAUGGUUAGACAUGGCGGGUAAUGAAACAAAUGUUUUUUCCCUUGAGAGAUUCGAAGAGUUAGGGGACACUCUUGUCCACAUUGCGCAAUCAAAUUGCAAAACUGUAACAAGAAGAAAUGAACUUGACUAUUAUGAAAAUCAAUGAUCAAUUUAACAGCAGGAAAAUAGAAAUAUACUUUAAUAUCUGCAACUUAAA